CUUUGCUAUGCAGUGGUUUUCAGAUAUGAAGAGAACUAUGCAGAAGCAUUAAAACAUCUUCGGUUAGCGGUGAAGUACGAUCCAAGCGAUGUCAUCGGAUCUCACGGACGUUUAUCGUCAUUCACACAGUUUCUGACAAGUGUGACUUCAGGCAUUCACACUGCAGGUGGCUUGCGUGCCAAGCGGAUUGUCGAAUUCAAAGCGUCACUUCCGAAUGCUUCUGCUAUGAAUCCAUUCGCUGAACAUAAGCUCGUGACAAGUUUCAAAGAUUUGGGAAAGGGGCCGAACAAUGGGGUUGCUGUGGUAGGGAAAAUUGUAUCGACGGUACCUCAUGAAGAUAUUGUACCGAUAACAUCAAUAAUGAUGGAUGCAGACGGUGACUGCGUUGCCGUUUCUGUCUAUAAUUGCGCCCCAUCAUUAACAUUUUUCAUUGGAGACACGGUGGCUGUUGCCGAUCCCUAUGUAACAGAAGUAGAGAAUCUGGAUCUUCCCGAUUCAUCUGAUGUAUCGUUCCGAUCCGUACGAGUACCCAAUCCAUCGAAAAUUUCUCGAAAUGGUGGCUUGCCGAAGUCUACACAACUUGCCCCAUCCCAUUUGAAAAUCUCCGCAUUGUAA